GUAUCCUACCUAGGUGAAUAAUAAUAUUCGCGAGCAUUUGCACUCUAAGUAUCGGAAAUUCGGACCCAAUUCAAUUAAUUUGGGCUCCAACUCCAACUUCAAAUUUGGUCUUCUCUUGGCAAAUUCCAUCUCUUUCUUUCUCUCCGGUGAAAUCAAAGUUCCUAUAGUAAUAUCACUUUCAUGGGAACUGAGGAUUCAAAUGACCUUCCUGCAUCUUAUAAUCUUGAAAGAGGAACUGAAAAUAAUGAAGAUGGUGCAAAUGGAGAGAUUUCCAAAACCAAUAAUGACGUUGUCAGUGAAAGUAAGGAACCUUUACAGCAAAGUGACAGUGACAUGGAUUUGGAGAGUGACCCUGGCUCACAAGUUGGUGCUGAGUUGACUGGAACACUGUCACAAGUUGGCGUUGAGUUGACUGAAACAGUUGAGAUAAUAGAAGAAGUAACUCCCUUCAAGUCUGUAGCACAUGCUGAAGAUGGACUUCUAAGUUUGCAAGACGGAACCAAUAGUAGCAAUCAUAAAGAGGAUCAAGAUAAUGUCAGCACUCAGGAGAUUGUUGGUGUCAAACCAGGCUUAUCUGGAGUUAAGAGACCUCGAGCAACUCUUGAUGUUGAGCAACCGUCAGUGCAUGUCGUUUAUAAUUCUUUAACAAGAGAGAGCAAAAAGAUGCUUGAGGGGCUGCUACAACAAUGGUCAGAGUGGCAUGCCAAACAUUGCUCUUCAGCACAUGAUUCAAGAGAAGUGUUAGAAUCUGGCGAGGAGACGUACUUCCCUGCUCUUCAUGUUGGUUUGGAGAAACCUUCUGCAGUGACAUAUUGGGUGGACAAACAAGCAAGGAACGACAAAAGCGAGUUUAUUCCAUUGGAUGGAAACUCUAUCCCUCUUUAUGAUCGUGGAUACUCAUUUGCUUUGACUGCAACAGAUAGUUCAAGCAACGUGGAAAAAGGAAUGGAAAUGGUUGAUAGUUCCCGAUGUUUCAAUUGUGGUUCCUAUGGCCACGCAUUGAAAGACUGCCCUAAGCCUCGUGAUAAUGCAGCUGUUAAUAAUGCCCGUAAACAACAUAAGUCCAGAAGGAAUCAAAGUGCCAGUUCCCGCAACCCAACUCGAUAUUAUCAAGAUUCUCCGAGGGGAAAGUAUGACGGUUUAAGACCAGGUGCCCUGGAUCCUGAAACACGAAAGCUUUUGGGCCUUGGGGAGCUUGAUCCGCCUCCCUGGAUUAAUAGAAUGAGGGAAAUGGGAUAUCCACCAGGAUAUUUGGAAGAAGACGAGGAUCAACCCUCUGGAAUCACAAUAUUUGCUGAUGAGGAAAAGAAGGAAGAAACAGAGGAAGGGGAAAUACUUGAUAAAAGCUUCCCAAAUCUGCCUAAAAGCUUUCCGAAUCCGCCUAGGAAGAUGAGUGUUGAUUUUCCAGGUGUAAAUGCCCCAAUACCUGAACAUGCUGAUGAAAGACGUUGGGAAGCUGUGCCUUCGAGUUCGAGUUAUUCGAGAAGUCAUUCACACAACCGUUAUAACCAUGCAAAAGACAAUGUCAACAGAGGGCAUUAUCAUGAACGGCGUUGGUCUUCUAGGGAUUAUGAAGAUGAUGGACCUCCUGGUGUUGAUCCUGGAACUAGCCCCUCGUUGUCAGGCUAUUCUUAUAGAUACGGGGCUUAUGACUCCCAUUAUUCAUCUCAUAGCCCAAGGGACGGUGCUUCAAUGCCAAGAAGCCCUAGUUUCGGAAGAUCCUUGUCAGAUAGAGAUAGGAGAAGUCCACUUGUCAAUGAUGGUAACACCCACCACAGUUUCCACCACAGUUACUAUGGUUCCCCUAGAUAAACUCUAGACAAUCUGAUUGAGUGGAGGAUCCAAACUCUGAUUCAGCAUUCUCUUUGCCAUCAUUCCAUAAAGUUUAAUGGCAUGUUUUGAAAGUGUACCUAUUAUCUCCGUAUUCCUCAGCAAGUUAUUGAAAUGUUGUACAUAAGCUAGAUCUGGUAUGAGAUUUAGUGGAUAUGUGAAGUGUUGGUUCUUUUAAGAGUUACGAAACUGGAACUCCCGAUGUGUUGAUGUGUACUGUAAAAUAGCAGGAGCUUGAUUUUCUUUUAAGUCAGACAAAUCCUGCAUCUCCUGUUGAUCCAGUUGUACGCCUUUUGGUAUGCAACGUGCUUGGUCAAGUACUAUGUAGCUGUAAUUGACUUUUUUUAGGCUUACAAUUUUCUGCUGCAGAAA